AUGACCACUUUUAACAACUUGAUAUCUAGACAGGGCCUCAAGCAGCGACAUAUACAGAUGAUUGCCCUCGCUGGUACAAUCGGAACUGUAAUUCGGAAAAACCCGUCCCAAUUUUUAUCUAUAAUGCUCACACCUAAGAUAGGGACUGUUUCUAAGUUCUGGUCAAGUUAUAGCAAGUUCAGGGCCAGCAGGAGCAAUCCUGGGGUACUCGAUAGCAUUAUCCGACAUGCAGAAUAUUCUGUCGAUCCGGCGCUGUCUUUCGCCCAGGGAUGGAAUAUUGCAUACGCGUAUUUUAUUUCCAUAGCUGGAGAGAUUGUGGCAGCUGCUGUGCUGGUUGAGUUUUGGAUAAGUUUGAAUAGCGCCAUUUGGGUCACAGUUUUUGGAGUUCUUGUCUGCGGUGGUGGCCCAGCUGGUGAGGUACAUGGUGCCCAGUAUUGGCACAACCCAGGUCCAUUUGUCCAGUAUCUCAACAUUCCCGGCAAGCUUGGUCAAUUUUUAGGUGUGUGGAGCUCAUUCACACCUGCUGUUUACUCGUUUGCCAGCGUUGAAAACGUGGCUCUCCUCGCGGGUGAAACACAAAACCCGCGACAAAAUAUCCCCAAGGCUGCAAAGCGAAUCCUUGCGAGGGUAGUGAUAUUCUACAUCAUAACAAUAAUGAUGAUUACCUUCUUGGUUCCGUCCAAUGAUCCAGAUCUUCUCAAGUCUACGGGGACUGCGGCGCAAUCCCCAUUUGUAUUAUCCGCCCAGCGCGCCGGUAUCAAGGUAUUACCAUCGAUCAUCAAUGCCAUUGUACUGACUAGCGCGUGGAGCUCUGGAAACUCGAUCCUGAUGGGGGGCUCGCGCGUCCUUUUCGGUCUAUCCCAGGAAAAGCAUGCACCGUCGGUGUUGAAAAGGGUCAGUCGCUGGGGUGUGCCAUAUGUUGCGGUUUCAAUCAUGUCGUUGAGUAUCUGUCUUGGUUACUUGACAAGCAGCUCAGGUGCCACAAUUGUGUUCACGUGGCUUCAAAAUAUGAUUGCAGCCUACAAUUUCGUCGCGUGGAUGGUUAUUUGUGUGGUGUAUCUGCGAUUCUACUACGCAAUGCAGAAACAAGGGAUUACACUGGAUGAGCUGCCGUGGAAAGCCCCGUUCCAACCGUAUGCAGCUUGGGCGAGUCUGAUUUGUUUCUUCAUCCUCCUUCUGACAAGUGGAUUUCGCACUUUUAUUCACAAAAGAUGGAGCACCCAGACCUUUAUCAGCUCGUACUUAGACAUUGCCAUCCUUGCGGCUUUGUACUUCGGGUACAAAUUCUGGCAAAGGACUCAAAUUAUAUCUCUGGACGAAGUUCCCCUCCGGUAUUACAUCGAUCAAGCUCAUCAAAAUCAAGAGCCUUCUCUUUCUAGAAAUAGAGGUUGGAGUCGAUUGAAUAUUUUGUGGGGCUAA